AUGGACAGUUGCUACAACCCAGCUCUGGAUGGCUUCAUUGAAUAUGAUGAUUUCAAAUUCAACCCCUCCAUUGUGGAGCCCAAGGAGCCAGCCCCAGACACAGCUGAUGGCCCCUACCUGGUGAUCGUGGAGCAGCCUAAGCAGCGAGGCUUCCGAUUUCGCUACGGCUGUGAAGGACCCUCCCAUGGAGGACUGCCAGGUGCCUCCAGUGAGAAAGGCCGGAAGACCUAUCCUACUGUCAAGAUCUGUAACUACGAGGGACCAGCCAAGAUCGAAGUGGACCUGGUAACACACAGUGACCCACCUCGCGCUCACGCCCACAGCCUGGUGGGCAAGCAAUGCUCGGAGCUGGGGGUCUGCACUGUGUCUGUGGGGCCCAAGGACAUGACUGCCCAAUUUAAUAACCUGGGAGUCUUGCAUGUGACCAAGAAGAACAUGAUGGAGAUUAUGACACAGAAACUUCAGAGGCAGCGACUCCGGUCCAGGCCCCAGGGCCUUACUGAUGCUGAGCGGCGGGAGCUAGAGCAGGAGGCCAAAGAGUUGAAGAAGGUGAUGGAUCUGAGCAUCGUGCGGCUGCGCUUCUCUGCCUUCCUUCGAGCCAGCGAUGGCUCCUUCUCCUUACCCCUGAAGCCAGUUAUCUCCCACCCCAUCCACGACAGCAAGUCUCCCGGGGCCUCGAAUCUGAAGAUUUCAAGAAUGGACAAGACAGCUGGCUCCGUGCGGGGUGGAGAUGAGGUUUAUCUGCUUUGUGACAAAGUGCAGAAAGAUGACAUUGAGGUUCGUUUCUACGAGGAUGAUGAAAACGGAUGGCAGGCCUUUGGGGACUUCUCACCCACAGAUGUCCAUAAACAGUACGCCAUUGUGUUCCGGACACCUCCUUAUCACAAGAUGAAGAUUGAGCGUCCUGUCACCGUGUUCCUGCAACUGAAACGCAAGCGUGGGGGGGAUGUGUCUGACUCCAAACAGUUCACCUAUUAUCCACUAGUGGAAGACAAGGAGGAGGUGCAGCGCAAACGGAGGAAGGCCUUGCCCACCUUUUCCCAGCCCUUCGGGGGUGGCUCCCAUAUGGGUGGAGGCUCUGCUGGGGGUUUUGGAGGAGCUGGAGGAGGAGGUGGCAGCCUCGGCUUUUUCCCCUCCUCCUUGGCCUACAGCCCCUACCAGUCCGGCGCAGCCCCAAUGGGCUGCUACCCGGGAGGCGGGGGCGGGGCGCAGAUGGCGGCCUCGGCGCCUGGCACUGAUGUUGGGGAGAAAGCAACAGAGCCGAGCGCGCCCCAGAGCGAGCCGCCGACCCCAGACAUGCUGGCGCGAGCUCGCGAGUACAACGCGCGGCUGUUCGGCCUGGCGCAGCGUAGCGCCCGUGCCUUGCUGGACUACGGCGUCACGGCGGACGCGCGCUCGCUACUGGCGGGACAGCGCCACCUGCUGACAGCGCAGGACGAGAACGGAGACACGCCGCUGCACCUGGCCAUCAUCCAUGGGCAGACAGGUGUCAUUGAGCAGAUAGCCCAAGUGAUCUACCAUGCACCGCACCUCGGCGUUGUUAACCUCACCAACCACCUGCACCAGACCCCCUUGCACCUGGCGGUAAUUACCGGGCAGACAAGUGUGGUGAGCUUCCUGCUGCAGGUGGGUGCAGACCCCGCGCUGCUGGAUCGGCAUGGAGACUCAGCCGUGCAUCUGGCACUGAGGGCUGGUGCCCCCGACCUGCUGCGUGCACUGCUGCGGAGUGGGGGCCCUGCUGUGCUCCAGCUGCUGCACACGCCAGACUUCGAAGGACUGUACCCGGUACACCUGGCAGUCCGUGCCCGCAGCCCCGAGUGCCUGGAUCUGCUGGUGGCUGAUGGUGCCGAGGUGGAGGCCGCAGAGCGGCAGGGGGGCCGAACUGCCCUGCAUCUGGCCACAGAGAUGGAGGAGCUGGGGUUGGUCACCCAUCUGGUCACCAAGCUUGGCGCCAAUGUGAACGCCCGCACCUUUGCGGGAAACACACCCUUGCACCUGGCAGCUGGCCUGGGAUCACCGACCCUUACUCGCCUCCUUCUAAAGGCUGGUGCUGACAUCCACGCUGAGAACGAGGAGCCUCUGUGCCCACUGCCUUCGCCCCCCACUUCUGGUAGUGACUCAGAUUCCGAGGGGCCGGAGAGGGACACUCAAAGUAGCUUCCGGGGCCACACGCCUCUUGACCUCACUCGCAGCACCAAGGUGAAGACUCUGCUGCUGAACGCUGCUCAGGACGUCACAGGGCCUCCCCUGACCCCACCUAGCCCGGCAGGCCCCGGGCUAUCACUCGGGGAUGCAGCCCUGCAGAACCUGGAGCAGCUCCUAGAUGGGCCAGGAGCCCAGGGCAGCUGGGCAGAGCUGGCAGAGCGGCUGGGCUUGCGCAGUCUGGUGGACACAUACCGGAAGACGGCCUCGCCCAGCGGCAGCCUCCUGCGGAGUUACGAGCUGGCUGGUGGGGACUUGGCGGGUCUGCUGGACGCCCUGUCUGACAUGGGCCUAGAGGAAGGGGUGAGGCUGCUGAGAGGUCCCGAGCCCCGAGACAAGCUGCCCAGCACAGCAGAGGUGAAGGAGGACAGUGCUUACGGGAGCCAGUCAGUGGAACAGGAGGCAGAGAAGCUGGGCCCACCCCCUGAGCCACCGGGCGGGCUUUGCCAUGGGCACCCCCAGCCCCAGGUGCACUGA